GCGCGGCAGUCACGGCAAGAUGGCGGUUGCGAGGGAAAAUUAGUGGCGGGAUGCGCACCGGGAGAUCGUCUUGAUCAAAGUUAAGUAUCGAGUGAAGAGAAUUUUGCGUCGGCGGAGCGGUAUCUCGUCUGUUUGUCGUUUUGAUCACGCUGUUCCCUCGUGAGGAUUCCCGCCACGAAGAUUGUGUUACGCCGUUACUCGAAGAAGCGCGUCGCGUGUCGCGUCGCGUCGCGCCGUGAGUGCCGUGUCGCCGUGUGCCGUGUGGUUGUGGUGCCGUGACGUCACGGCGCCCCCCCUCUUAUCGAGCGGCCAGGAUCGCUCUGUCUCUCUCGCGGCGACGGGCGUUUGCGUCGGAGCUCGGAGCGGACUAGCGCGUAGCGGAGCGGAGUCAGCGGAGUGACCACGGCGUUCGGCGUUCGGGUCUUCGGGUAGCGAACGCGAAUUGAGUGUCGACGCUCGACUGUCGAGCUGUUGAGUUUGAGUCGCGCGCGAUCGCGAUCGGUUCGCGCGUGUGCCACGGACGGAGGGAUUAUACGGGUUUGUGCUCUAGGUGUGUGUGUCGCGCAGAAGACCUAUAAGACAGAAGACAUCGGGGACGUCGACCGUGAGUCGUAACACGCGCCGCGACGCGCGCAGCAGGUAGCCGGACUCCGGAGUAACGUCAGGUCGGACAGCCCGAGCGCCACCGGCUUGUUGUCAAAAUGGCGUCCAAGGGGAAGCUAGACAUCGAGCAUGGCCGCUCAGACUCGUACAGGGUCGCCACGUUACCCAACAUUCGCGACGACAACAAAACCGCAGAUGGAAUGUACAAGUCGCGGCGGAAGAAUCCAAAGCGAAGGGGGGACAACCUAGAUGACCUGAAGCAGGAGUUGGACAUUGACUUCCACAAAAUCUCACCCGAGGAACUGUAUCAAAGAUUUCAGACGCACCCCGAAAACGGCCUCAGCCACGCAAAAGCGAAGGAGAACUUGGAAAGGGACGGGCCGAACGCCCUGACACCGCCGAAGCAGACUCCGGAAUGGGUCAAGUUCUGCAAGAAUCUGUUCGGUGGUUUUGCCCUGCUGCUAUGGAUCGGCGCGAUCCUCUGCUUCAUCGCGUACUCGAUCCAGGCCACGACCAGCGAGGACCCGAACGACGACAAUCUCUACCUGGGCAUCGUCCUCGCGGCGGUCGUGAUAGUCACGGGUAUAUUCUCGUACUACCAGGAGAGCAAGUCGAGCAAGAUUAUGGAGUCGUUCAAGAACAUGGUGCCACAAUUUGCCACCGUAAUCCGGGAGGGUGAGAAGCUCACCCUACGAGCGGAGGAUCUUGUGCUGGGUGACGUCGUCGAGGUUAAAUUCGGCGACCGGAUACCGGCCGACAUCAGGAUCAUCGAGGCCCGUGGAUUCAAGGUAGACAAUAGCUCGCUGACGGGCGAGUCCGAACCGCAAUCGAGGUCGCCCGAGUUCACGAACGAGAACCCGCUCGAAACAAAGAAUCUUGCAUUCUUCUCGACGAAUGCGGUGGAAGGCACGGCCAAAGGCGUGGUGAUCUGUUGUGGCGAUCAGACAGUAAUGGGAAGGAUUGCAGGUCUCGCGUCCGGCCUGGAUACCGGUGAGACACCGAUUGCCAAGGAGAUUCAUCACUUUAUACACCUUAUUACCGGUGUCGCUGUCUUCCUCGGCAUCACGUUCUUUGUCAUAGCCUUCAUCCUGGGUUAUCACUGGCUUGACGCCGUAAUCUUCCUAAUCGGUAUUAUCGUGGCGAACGUACCGGAGGGUCUCCUCGCUACUGUGACCGUGUGCCUCACUCUGACCGCCAAGCGAAUGGCCUCGAAGAACUGCCUGGUGAAGAAUCUCGAGGCUGUGGAGACUCUAGGCUCGACCUCGACCAUCUGUUCGGACAAGACCGGAACCCUCACGCAAAAUCGUAUGACGGUGGCGCACAUGUGGUUCGACAAUCAGAUUAUCGACGCCGAUACCACAGAAGAUCAGUCCGGCUUGCAAUACGACCGCACUAGUCCGGGAUUUAAGGCGCUGGCGAAGAUCGCGGCCCUAUGCAAUCGUGCCGAGUUCAAGCCGGGUCAAGAUGGUGAACCGAUACUGAAGCGAGAGGUGAACGGUGACGCCUCCGAAGCCGCGUUGCUCAAGUGCAUGGAACUGGCAUUGGGCGAUAUCAUGGGCAUUAGGAAACGCAACAAGAAAGUCUGCGAAAUUCCCUUCAACUCCACUAAUAAAUAUCAGGUAUCCAUUCACGAAUCGGACGAUCCCAACGAUCCUAGAUAUCUCUUGGUGAUGAAGGGUGCUCCCGAAAGGAUUUUGGACAGGUGCUCGACCAUAUUUAUCGGCGGCAAAGAGAAGGUUCUCGACGAAGAGAUGAAGGAGGCGUUCAAUAACGCGUACUUGGAAUUGGGCGGACUCGGCGAACGAGUACUCGGCUUCUGUGAUUACACACUGCCGUCCGACAAGUUCCCGGUUGGCUUCAAAUUCAAUUCCGACGAUCCCAACUUCCCAGUCGAUGGGCUCCGCUUCGUAGGCCUGAUGUCUAUGAUCGAUCCGCCCCGGGCCGCGGUGCCCGACGCGGUCGCCAAGUGCCGUUCCGCCGGCAUCAAGGUCAUCAUGGUUACCGGUGACCACCCGAUCACUGCCAAAGCCAUUGCCAAAUCCGUCGGCAUCAUCUCUGAAGGUAACGAAACCGUUGAGGACAUUGCACAACGGUUAAAUAUCCCGGUAUCCGAAGUAAAUCCUCGCGAGGCUAAAGCCGCGGUCAUUCACGGAACCGAACUCAGGGAACUGAAUUCCGACCAAUUGGACGAGAUUCUCAGGUACCACACCGAAAUUGUGUUCGCCCGUACUUCGCCUCAGCAGAAGCUCAUCAUCGUCGAAGGCUGCCAGCGAAUGGGCGCGAUUGUCGCUGUAACUGGCGACGGUGUGAAUGACUCGCCUGCUCUAAAAAAAGCCGACAUUGGGGUCGCUAUGGGCAUCGCUGGUUCGGACGUUUCUAAGCAAGCAGCCGACAUGAUUUUACUCGACGACAACUUUGCUUCGAUCGUAACAGGCGUAGAAGAGGGUCGUUUAAUCUUUGACAACCUGAAGAAGUCCAUCGCAUACACUCUGACUUCGAACAUACCCGAAAUCUCGCCUUUCUUGGCGUUUAUCCUCUGCGAUAUCCCUUUACCAUUGGGUACCGUCACCAUUCUUUGCAUCGAUUUAGGGACCGACAUGGUGCCGGCCAUCUCGCUAGCCUACGAGGCACCGGAGUCGGACAUAAUGAAACGGCAGCCACGCGAUCCUUACAGAGACAAUCUUGUCAACCGAAGGCUUAUUUCGAUGGCAUACGGUCAAAUCGGUAUGAUUCAAGCCGCGGCCGGCUUCUUCGUCUACUUCGUUAUCAUGGCUGAAAAUGGAUUCCUGCCUCUGUAUCUGUUUGGCAUUCGGAAACAAUGGGAUUCUAAGGCUAUCAAUGAUCUUACCGAUAGUUACGGCCAGGAAUGGACCUACAGAGAUCGUAAAACGUUGGAGUUUACUUGCCACACAGCUUUCUUCGUAUCAAUCGUAAUUGUGCAAUGGGCUGAUCUGAUUGUUUGCAAAACGCGCCGCAACUCAAUUAUUCACCAGGGAAUGAGAAACUGGGCUCUGAACUUUGGUCUCGUGUUUGAGACCGCCCUCGCUGCGUUCCUAAGUUACACGCCUGGUAUGGAUAAGGGUCUCCGUAUGUUCCCACUGAAAUUUGUGUGGUGGCUGCCAGCUUUACCGUUCAUGCUCGCCAUCUUUAUCUACGACGAAACGAGACGAUUCUACCUCCGUCGAAAUCCAGGCGGCUGGCUCGAGCAAGAAACUUACUAUUAGACGCAAAAAGGAUUAAAUCACACGCAUGCAAAACGCGCGCGCAAGAGGAUGAAUGAACGAACGAAAGAAUGAGAGCGAAAGAAAGAAGAUGAGAGAAAGAGAGAUAGAGAACGAGAGCGAAAGAGAGAAAGAAAGAGGAUAAGAGAGAAUGAGACGCAUACUCAUACCUGAGAAAGAUACACUUGAAAAAAGAAAAAAGAAAAAUAAGUAAAUCACUCAUGUUGAACAAAUGUAACACAUUUCACAAGGGAUGUGCUACUGGGUCUGCCCGAAUAACGUGUCAAGAGAGUAACGGGUGGACAACGAAGGACGCGCCAAGUUUGCACUGGCUUUCACGACAAAAGAGACGCAAGAUUAUUAUACGAGAAAGACACGGAAAAGACCCUCUAGUGUUAUAUAGGUACAGCGCGAAGUACAAAGAGCACGCUCGUCGUUCUGGCUUCGCUGCCAAUUGCUUGCACGCGCGUGCCGAGUUUCGCAAUCUCAAAAAUUGAUCCGGUGUUCGAGAAACCGUCGAUGGAGGAGGAGGCAUCGAAGGAAUUCCACCAUUACUAUCAUGCGAACGAUGCGGAUCGAGAAGCCGCGUCCGAUUACAACACGACUACGGGGCUUCCCGGUGACGACUGGUGCUGCUGCUGUCAAAUUCUGGAUAGGAUAUACUCUGUGAGCGUCGCUCGAAGAUGGAACGAAGGAACGAGAGAACGAAAUGGGAAAUCGUUGAGUUGAUAGCGUCGCAGCGCGACUGAUGCACGAGUGUCAGGCCUAAAGAAACGUGAUAACGCGAAAAGGAAGCCGAAAGAGAACCGGCGCGGCAAGGAGAACGGAAAUUCGGAACAGCAGCGGAAACGGACAUACUCGAAAGAGAUGGGGCGUUUACGCGCGAUAGAGAAUCACGGAAUCACGUGCGUCCUUAUGUAUGUCGAAUGCGAUUUACUACAUUAACGCGACUUCUUACUUCUUACUACUAGUGGCGUAUUAUCGUAGACAUCUUUGCGUUACUAAGAAACUUCGUAAUAGGCUUUCGUUGAUCGUCGAUCAAUGCGCGCAAAAUAUCGGUACGCUAAGAUCGGCACACUCAACAGUCCUCCAUUGAAAAAAACUUUAGUUGGAAGACGAGAGACUCAUUGAAAAACGAGAGGAUCAGAGACCGACGCGAAAGAGCAAAGAAAGAAAGUGCUCAAUGUAACAAGAGAACCGUUAAAAAAUUCAUAGGGACUUCGCGUGACGCUGAAAUACUUCGUACGAAAAUUAAUUGUUAAUUGUAACGAAGGACCUGAUAUGACAUGUAUCGGGUACGGUCUAUAGUCAUACGUCAUGAUAAAAUAAAACUAAAAUAAAGGAAAGAGAGAGAGAGAAAGAGUUAUGAUAAAUAAUUAAAUGAAAUAAAUAAUUAAAUAUAAAUAAAUAAAACCGCAUUCACAGUAUUUAUUAUUAUUAAUAAACGACAUACGUUCGGUUUCGAGUCUUAAUCCGCAUAGCUACCAGGAAAACAACGGCGAAAACGUAUCGCGUAGUUUCAGUAGUUACAAUUUUUAGCGUGAAAUUUUAAUAUCACACUGACACACGCGACAAACACGGUGAGGCAGAAUGGAAGAAGGUGCGCUGAGGUUGGUUCUAACGGAGAGAGCGGAGUGGUUCGUCUCAUCGACAUCGAGCAGCAGGAGGAAAAAAGAGACCGAAGGCGGCAAAGAGAUACGUGGACAGUAUAUAUAAAAUAAGUAUCAACUGAAUCACUAUAUACCGAUUGACGAGGACGGACUAAUAAAGCGAUACGUUAUUUAAUUGCGCAUGCGGAUAGAGCGAUGAGAGGUCACGGCCUGGUUGGCAGCGAACCAGAGGAAGAAGGGAAAAAAGGGAGAAUCUGCCGCAUGCCAUCCGAGAAAAUAAAUAAAUUACGAAACGUUAUUGAUUAACACGCGCGCGCGCGUUAGUAGAAAGGGUGAUUAGAGAGAGGGAGGAAGCGCGAUAAUGUUCAAUAAGACGGGAUAAUGAGACCGGCGAAUGCCGAGUACCGUGAAACUUUGUAUUAACGAUGCGCUAUGCAGGAUGUAGAAAAAGGAAGAGACAGACCGCGCGUGGAGCAGAAAAAGUUAAAAAAAAAAAAGAAACGUUCUUACUUAGAUAAAAGCUAAAUGAAGAAUAUAACAAUUCCUUCUCUUAGUUUUUCAUAGAUUUAAAACGCCAGAGCGGGACAGCUCGCUAUAAAUCAUUGAUCCCCCCCCCCCCACAACGCGGAACGCCCUGUGUAGCAGCGAAUUCGCGAUCUCUGUCAGCCAGCCGGCGAGCAUGCUGUCAUUAUCCAUGUUUUACGUGUGGUAUGCGUGCGCGUGUAUGUGCGUUGUGCGUGUAGUGUCGAAACAACACAACCGUGACUUAAAAUGCCUGCCACGCGACUUUUUUUUCGGGCCGGGACGAUCCGAGACUUGUGAUCGAUGCGAUCUCGCAACCGAACCGCACACGAAUAUGUCCUUCCUCAUCGUCUCUCUCGAGGGCUUUUGUCAGUCGUUGCCCGCGUUUGCUCCGAACGCGAUCGCGCUGCUCGUUGGCGAGAAGAUGGGGAUGAGAAUGUCUGAACGAACGACUGUUCGUUUCCUUUAACGGUAGAUGAUGUCUAAGCGGAUAAACGUGCUUGAAGAGAUACGCAUCUUGGAUAACAAUGACAGAAAUGAUGAUAAGGAAAUAUGAUACUUUUUAAGAAAUAAAAAUUGGCGAUCGCAAGAAAUACAAAUUUUAAGAGGCCAUUCUCAGCUACUCGUUUAUCGUUGAAAGAAUCGUGGAACGUGAUAAAAAACACUCGUAGCGAUCGGAUGGCAAUCAUUCCAUUUUCUUUGCGAAUCAAUAAUACUUUUUUCGUUUGUGUCGUGAUGAGCAUUCUUGAUAUAUAUUUAAACAGCGACCGUAUUUUGCUUUGCGAAGAGAAUGGAAUGAUCGCGGUUACAUUGUUACAACGAUACGUUACAAUAACCGCGAGGAAAUUGCGUUCUCAUUGAGAGUAAGGUGGUGGCGUUACGCGAACGCGGAUCGAUGAGCGGAAAUGCGACGCUUUCUCGGCGGCCCAGGCUCCAAAACUACCCUAAGUGUUCAAUGAUCGAGGUGUUCUCGAGAUGUCCUGUAUGCGCUUAAACGCGAGACGUUUCUUCCUUCGCCGGUUCCCUCCAUUCGGUGCCGUCGCCUCGAGUCUCGCUACGAGUGGACACGUGAAUACGAAAGAAGAAAAAGACGACGACGACGCGAGAUGCGCUUUCUCUCGACCUCUCGCGACCUUUUCUCUGUUACGCGCGUGGGAGGUUGCGCGAACCGUGUCCUGGAUGUGCGAUUCUAAAGACAUUUGAGAGAUGUCUUGAGGGAAUGUUGCGUUAGUUGUGUGAUAUGAGUCGAAUCGAGUCGAGUCAAGUCACGGGGGCGAGAAGGAAAUCGGCAUCGGUGAGGCGAGGAUGACACGCGAGUCCGUAUGUCAUCGGAAACUGGAAUCGGCGAUGUUUCAAAACUAUCCAUCGGUCUAUCGAUUCGGACGUUAUUCAGCCACGGCGUUUUCGGAUCGACCGACGCCGAUCCUGAUUAACUAUUCUCAAUUCUCCUCCUCUAUCCGUUUUAUAGAUGGAACUGUAAUUUAGAAGAAAAGGACGCAGCAAAUAGCCGAACCGGAAUUCGGAUUAGAGCUCGGAUUUUACCUCUCCGUCGUAGAUCGAUCGCUUCUGUCACAACGAAAAUGCGGAGAUUUAAGAGGUUUAAGAGGUUUCGUGCGUAACUGUUAUUUUCGGUGAAUCGCCGAAAAUGACACAUUUUUUCUAGAAUGGAUGCACAUGAGAAAAUAGGGGGUGAAGAGAGAGAGAGAGAGAGAGACAGAGAGAGAGAGAGAGAAGCACACCUGUAAUGUAUGCGAGAAGAGAAAAAGGCGUGUACGAUGAAUAUCUGUGAAGCUACGGAGAAGAUCCGCAGCGUUGUCGACAGGGUGUUCCGUGCCCGGGGGGCUGUAGGAGCCCAAAAAAAAGCUUUGCCGUCGUGCGCAGCCUCUUUACUUUAGGCUAAUAUAAUUUAAUUAUUAUUAAUAUAAUAUAAUAGUAAUAAUAAAUAAAUAAUAAUGAUAAAUAAUAAUAAUAAUACAUGUUACAAUUAAGAUAUUAUUAGAUGUAAUUAUUAUAUAUGGUUUAGUCUAGAUCGUGUUGUUGAAGACAAAAAACAAAGUACGUAAGCGAACAAAAAAAAAAGAUUAAGGACAAAGUAGAAAAGGCGCGACGAUAGAGAGGAGAAAGAGAAUGAGAAGGAGGAGGAGGAGGAAGAAGAGGAAAGAGAAAUAGAAGUUGAAAGCAGACACACACGCCAGGCGGGGAGGAAGUUUCGGUCGAAGACCACACGAUCCUUUUGCGGUGGACUGAGCGGGACGAUGCCGCGCUUACAUGCUUAUUAUUCACACGCGUACAUCAAGCGCUUCAAGCUUAUUCAGUGGAGUGCAGGCCAAUGUUACGCUUUCAUAUAUUUGCGCGCGCGAUAUAGAGAGAGGAGUCGAAAAAGAUCCUCAUUAGACGCGAUUAUCACAUUCGUUCCUCUAUUCUUUUCCGCGUGUUUCCGGAUGAAAAAAAUAAUAAAAGCAAGCGGCACGUGAUGCUCCCUGUGCUACCCUUCGUUUCUCGAGGACGAAAGCAGGAACGUCGUGAUUCUCUCCGCGAUUGAGAAAUACACACACACACACACUCACGCACACACAUUCUCGCUCACUCCCUACACCCUCCACAACCACAACCCACGAAGAAGAAAAAUGCGGUUCUUCGUUCUUUUUCUUACAAUCCGAUGAAAGACUCGCGCGUUUUUAGCGCUCGUUAGAGAAAUGCUCGGUGCAUUUUGAUACGCCGCGCGCCUGCACAGCCCGCCGCAUACCGCGUCGGAAUCAUUGAACGAUUAAAGAAAAAAAAAUCUUUAAAAAAUAUGAAAAAAAAGAAGAAAAAGGAAGAAAGGAAGGCGGAUGACGUUUUAUUAAUACUGUACAUAUUUUAAAUAAUUGAAAACGAAUAAACAGAUCGCACGCGCGAACGGCGGUGACCUCGACCGAAAGGCGGUCUCAUCCUUGGAGAAGGGAACGCUUUUUUGUCACAGGCCUACCGUACUCUACUUUCCUGUUUCUUUCUUUUCUUUUCUUUUCUGUUUUCCUCUUUGUGCGUUUAAAACGUCGCGUACAUCCCACACGUCCACAUUGUACACUUUAUACAUCGCGUGUAGAGAAACACCGGUUAGAAAGAUGCUCGGAAAAAAAGACACUUUAUUACACCCCGUUUCAGCAGCUAUCUCUAUCUCCUGGAUUGACGAUUCUCUUUUUCGCAAUUAAUUAAUUAAUUAUUAUUCUAUAUAAGUUUUGUUUUUACACGCAAUACACAUAUACACACGUAACAUACACGCACGCGGAUUACAUCGCAAACUGAUACAAAUACAACCCAAGUGUCAUUACUUUUGAUGUUAAAUAAAAAAUACAUAAUUAAUAGAGCGGCCUCCCAUUUUCCUUAUUAUCUUUCCUCUUUCCUCUUCGAUCGUAACAACCGUCGAAUAAUUUACAAUGCCGCACUAUUUUUUGAAACUGCAGUUGUAGGAACAAUGUGCACGCGAUCAGCUCGCAAUUAUUAUUGUCGUUAAGUACUUUUUGUUAUUAUGUAGUUUUUAUUAUUAUUAUUGUUGACAGAGAUAUUCAAAUAAAUAGAAAUAAUGAUAUUGA